AUGCCCCCAGACAUGACCCAGCCCUGUGUCUCUGCUUGGUGGAGAUGGGGAGCGAGGGGGGAUCCCGACACCUCACCGAAUCGCCCCGAAAGCAGAUCCCAGCCACCACCAGUUCCGCAACCUUGGCCGGAGAUGCCAAGCCCAAGGCAGGCUCACCAAGGAUCAGGAGGCAUUUGCCACCUUGUCCUCAGACUCAAUCCCGGCUGGGAACUGGAAGAGCAUCGACUGGCGGGACCCCCACCGACUACUACUUCGGGCACCAACCCUGAGACUGAUGGGGGAUCGGUUGAACCGCCCGACCUGGAAUUGGCAUCACUUAAUAAAGUCACUACACACUAG